AUGGCUUAUCACUCAAUAACUGGAUCAUACACUACACUUGCUGGCCACAAAGUUCAAAUCUCACUCAUUGGCAUCAAUACUGUUCGACUUACAAUCAGAGGAUCAAUCACUCGUUAUGGUGCUGCUGCUGUCGAUACGAAAGGAAGAAAACGUGUCAUGUGGAGCGAUCCAGAAAAUGGACUGCAGCUUGUUACUUUUAGCCAUGGUGAUACCCUUGGAACAAUUCAUGGCAGUUCUUCGGAUUUUGAUGGUUUAAUGAUGUUCAAAUCUAACUUCGUUUCAAAUCAAUGGCCAAUUCCUAACUCAUACGAACACAUUGUCGGUCAAUGGUCCGGUCAACUCGGGCAUCUUAACAUUUCAACGACAUCAUCAAAUGGAUUUGUCAUUCGAUCAAACAACUGGGAAAUGAAUGAUCUAAAUUAUUAUGUUGCCUGCGAGAUAAAACAGAUUAACAAUGGUGUCCUCAAUGUCACCUCACAAGAUCUUGGAAUGCGAGAGGUCAUUAUUCUUAUCGAUGUCGAUUCAAAUACGAUGCAAAUCGAGCCUAACUGGGAGCCUCAUCAAAGAUAUUAUUUCCAUCCAGGCGCUUUUAAUCAAUCUGGUAGAGUGAAAUUUGAGAUCGAAUGA